AUGCCCUUAGAUGAAGAAUGGAGAUGUAGAAAAUUUGAGAACGGUCUCAAGGGAGACAUCCAUCUGAUGGUGGCCUCACUAUCCAUCAAGGAUUUUGUAGCCUUGGUGGAAAAGGCUAGGCUUAUGGAAAAGAUGAAGGUUGAGGCCCUAUCUCAGAACCACCAGAGGAGAGGAGGCAACAGGCCUCAGGUAGCAGGCCGAGUAUAUGCUGUGAUUGGAGCAGAGGCAGCAGACUCGGGUAACCUUGUCAUGGGUAGUUGUAUGAUUGCUAGUGAAUCUUUGUGUGUAUUGUAUGAUUAUGGAGCGACACACUCUUUUGUGUCAAAAACUUGUGUGCAAAGAUUAGGUCUGCCAAUUUGUGAGCUGCAAUGUGACCUUGUGGAAUCUACUCUAGCGUUGGGUUUGGUCAGGAUAUCGUCCUUGUGUGCUAAAUGUCCAAUGGAGGUAGAGGGGCACAUAUACAAAGUGAAUUUGAUAUGCCUACCUCUUCAGGAUUUGGAGGUGAUCUUGGGGAUGGAUUGGCUCUCUGCCAAUCGCGUUCUUAUAGAUUGUCGAGAGAAAAAGUUGUUGUUCUCCAACUCAAUGGAGCCUGAGUUGUUAUCUUCUCAAGGAGUUAUUAAGGAGAUCCAAGGUGGUGCACAAUGCUUCAUAAUCUUCAUGCAUCUAGAGGUGGAGAAAGAGGAAGGGAUGUUUGUUAUACCGGUGGUGCAUGAAUUUGAGGAUGUGUUCCCGGAGGAAGUACCAGGGUUGCCUCCCAGUAGAGAAGUUGAGUUCUAUAUUGAUCUGGUUACCAGAAAUCAGUCUAAUAUUAAUGGCUCCUUAUCGUAUGGCUCUGGCUGA